AUGGGGUUUGAGCUGGAUCGCUUCAGCGGGGAGGUGGAUCCCGAUUUCAAAUGCAAUCUCUGCAACAAAGUUUUGGAGGACCCCCUCACCACCCCUUGCGGUCAUGUGUUCUGCGCCGGCUGCGUCCUGCCGUGGGUCGUGCAACAAGGCAGUUGCCCGGUGAAGUGCCAGCGGAUGUCCACCAAGGAGCUGAACCACGUCCUGCCCUUGAAGAGCCUCAUCCUCAAGCUGGACAUCAAGUGCGCCAACCGCGAGCGGGGCUGCGAGAAGGUGGUCAAGCUGCAGCACUUGGCCGAGCACGCCGAGAUGUGCGACUACUCGCCGGCCAAGUGCCGCCACAAGGGCUGCGCCGAGGUGCUCAACUUGCGCGACGUGGACGCGCAUAUGCGCGAGAGCUGCGAGGCCCGGCCGGUGGGGAUCUGCGAGCAGGGCUGCGGCUUGGUGCUCACCCACCGCGAGCGCAAGGCCGGCUCCCACUGCUGCCUGCAGGCGCUCAAGGCGCACAACGGCGCCCUCCAAGCCAAACUGGCCGGCCUGGAGAAGGAGCUGAAGAAAGAGGCGCUGCGGGCCGGCAAGCGGGAGAAGUCGCUCCUCUCGCAGCUCUCGGCCGUCCAGCUCGAGCUCCAGAUGACAGCGCUGCGCUACCAGAAGAAGUUCACCGAAUACAGCGCCCGCCUCGACUCGCUCGGCCGUAGCCUGGCCGCUUUUGCGCCCAGCAAGGGCGAAGAAACCAAAACAUUGACUCUUAUUCUUCAUCGUGAUUCAGGAUCUCUUGGAUUUAAUAUAAUUGGUGGCCGUCCGUGUAUGGACAAUCAAGAUGGCCCAACUAGUGAAGGAAUCUUUGUCUCUAAAAUAGCCGACAGCGGACCUGCUGCCAAGGAAGGAGGACUCCAGAUUCAUGACCAGAUUAUUGAAGUAAAUGGAAAAGAUUUGUCCAAGGCAACUCACGAUCAAGCAGUAGAAGCCUUUAAAACAGCUAAAGAUCCCAUUGUAGUGCAAGUCCUGAGAAGAAUGCCACGCACCAAAAUCUUCAAUCCUUCUCAUGAGUGUCUCUUGGUAGAUAUAGGCACUCAGACCGAGAUUACCUUUGAACAUAUCAUGGCUCUAACCAAAAUGGGCUCACCUACCCCACCAGUCCUGGAUCCAUACCUCUUACCUGAAGAGCAUUCAUCAGGGCAUGAAUACUAUGACCCUAAUGUUUACAUUGGAGGCAUUCAUCAAGACAUGGACAGAGAGGACCUAGAAUUAGAGGAAGUGGAUCUACAUCGAGUGAACAGCCAAGACAAGUUUGGCCUUACCGUCUGCUACAGAACUGAUGAUGAAGAUGAUAUUGGUAUUUAUAUCAGUGAGAUUGAUCCCAACAGCAUUGCUGCAAAGGACGGCCGUAUCAGAGAGGGUGAUCGCAUAAUUCAAAUUAAUGGAAUUGAGAUACAGAAUCGAGAAGAAGCUGUAGCUCUUCUGACCAGUGAAGAAAGCAAGAAUGUCUCCUUACUCAUAGCAAGACCAGAAAUUCUCCAGCUAGAUGAAGGAUGGAUGGAUGAUGACAGAAAUGAUUUUCUGGAUGACUUACAUAUGGACAUGCUGGAGGAACAGCACCAUCAAGCAAUGCAGUUUACAGCCAAUAUGUUGCAGCAGAAGAAGAAAAACGAAGAGGACGGCGGCACCACAGAUACGGCAACCAUUUUAUCCAACCAACACGAAAAAGACAGUGGCGUAGGGCGUACAGAUGACAGCACUCGGAAUGACGAGAGCUCCGAGCAAGAGAACAAUGGCGAUGAUCACAUUACUUCCUCCAACACUUUGGGAAGCCAGAAGAAACUCACUUAUAGCCAGGAUACGCUGGGCAGUGGUGACAUGCAGUUCAGCAACGAGUCAUUUAUUUCAGCUGAUUGCACAGAUGCAGACUUCCUUGGCAUCUCGGUGGAUGAGUGCGAGAGGUUUCGUGAACUGCUGGAGCUGAAAUGCCAGGUCAAAUCCACAAACCCUUACAGCCUGUACUGCCACAACAGUACUCUGGAUAUGAGUAAAAGUGACCAUGAGAGUGUGGACAGGGAGCUGGAGAUGCUGAACGAGGAGCUGCAUAACAUUGAGCUAGAGUGUCUUAAUAUUGUGCGAGCCCAUAAGAUGCAGCAGUUGAAGGAACAGUAUCGAGAGCCAUGGAUGCUGCAUAACAGCGGCUUCCGCAACUACAAUACCAGCAUUGAUGUCCGCCGACAUGAACUCUCAGAUAUCACUGAGCUGCCAGAAAAAUCAGAUAAGGACAGCUCCAGUGCAUACAACACUGGUGAAAGUUGCCGAAGCACACCACUCACGUUGGACAUCUCCCCCAACAACUCUCUCUGUAGGACAGCAGACACGCUCACUUUACAAGUCAGGGAGGGGGCAGAAGGCACUCUGAAACUGUUGCUGCCUAGUUCAGAAGACCAGGAAUCCGGCCUGACUAAACCAACUCCUCCCAAAGAUGCUGACCUUAGCCAGCCAUUGGAAUUCAAGGAAAUGAAAAUUAACGAAGAAAGCAAAAGCGCAGUCCCGGCUCCCAAAGCCAGUGGUUCCUCUUUGUCCUCCUAUCAGCAUUCUCCAUACAAGCAUGCCCAUAUUCCAGCCCACGCCCAGCACUACCAGAGCUACAUGCAGCUGAUCCAACAGAAGUCCGCAGUGGAAUAUGCACAGAGUCAGAUGAGUUUGGUGAGCAUGUGUAAAGACUGGAACUCUUCAAACCAGAGUGAACCCAGGAUGGAAUGGAAGGUCAAGGUCAGGAGCGACGGUACUCGCUACAUCACCAAGAGGCCAGUCAGGGACCGGCUGCUGCGAGAGCGUGCUAUAAAGAUCAGAGAGGAGCGCAGCGGCAUGACGACAGAUGACGAUGCCAUCAGCGAAAUGAAGAUGGGUCGUUACUGGAGUAAGGAGGAACGGAAGCAGCAUAUUGUGAAGGCCAAGGAGCAGAGAAAGCGGCGCGAGUUUAUGAUGCAAAGCAGAUUGGAAUGCUUGAAGGAACAACAAGGGACUGAGGACAAGAAGGAAAUGAAUAUCAUAGAACUGAGCCACAAAAAAAUGAUGAAGAAAAGAAACAAAAAGAUAUUUGACAAUUGGAUGACAAUUCAAGAACUCCUAACCCAUGGCACAAAAUCACCAGAUGGGACAAAAGUUUACAACUCUUUCCUCUCAGUGACUACCGUAUAAUUUUUCUGUGCCAAAGCUAAUACGUAAAACCCUUCCGUUGGGGUAGAGAUUCUUGCCUCGUUCAAUGUGGCAACACUUGUUUUGUUUCUUUGUUUGUAUAUAAGACACGUUCAUCGGAUCUACCAUCCAAAUGGAGAAUCUGGGUUUCUCAAAACAUUU